GAGCAUCAUCAAAACACUGGCAUACAGCUUCCUCUGCCCGGAUAUCGAAAGAGGACAACAGGGAAUUUAGAGGUUAAAUUAAAAAACAACAACAAGAGAGAACAGGGAGGCUUGUGCGCCAAGGUGCAAAGGAGAAACCAGCAUCCAUCCUUGCAGGAGCAGCAGCAGUGGUUGUAGUAGCCGAGAAGCAGGAGCAGAUUCGAGGAUUUUUCCGUGUCGGUCGCCCGGUGCUCCACACACCCUGUGCCUUUGAACCAGCAGCGGGGAGGAGGGGAGGACCAGAGAGGAGGCUGUGCAGAAAGGAGGAGGACCAUGGAGGGGAUGCAGGCAUACGGAGCCGGGAAAGCCGGAGGAGCCUUCGACCCCGUCACCUUCUUCCAGCAGCCUCAGACCAUUCUCCGCAUAGUGUCUUGGCUCUUCUCCAUUGUGAUCUUCGGCUGCAUCGCCAACGAGGGCUACAUUAACCGCCCCAACGAAGUGGAGGAGUACUGCAUCUUCAACCGCAACCAGAACGCCUGUAAUUAUGGCGUCUUUAUGGGCUCUAUGGCCUUCCUCUGCUGCAUGGCCUUCCUGGCUCUGGACGUCUACUUCCCCCAGAUCAGCAGCGUUAAAGACCGUAAGAAAGCAGUGCUGGCUGAUGUCGGGGUGUCAGCAUUCUGGUCCUUCAUGUGGUUCGUGGGUUUCUGUUUCUUGGCAAACCAGUGGCAGGUGACCAAGCGUGAGGACAACCCUCUGAGGGAGGGAGGGGACGCUGCCCGGGCAGCCAUCACCUUCUCCUUUUUCUCUAUCUUCACCUGGGCGGGCCAGUCUUUCCUGGGCUUCCAGAGGUACAAGCUGGGGGCCGACUCAGCCCUCUUCUCCCAGGACUACACGGACCCUAGCCAGGACGCAGCCGGAGCUCCUUACACCUCCUUUGGUGGGGACGACCUGGAAAGCCCAGGAGGAGGGGGCCAGGCCAACAGUGAUGCGGCCUUUGACGGCACCGGAGGCUACCAGCGUCAGGACUACUGAGAGAUUAGGGGGUAAUAUACUUGGGGGAGAAUAUCUUGGUGAAGUUGUCCAUAGUUCCUAAUUUAGAGUGAGGUUUGUAUAGUUUCUACUAAAAAAAACAGUUUGGGUCAAUAUAGCACAAAUGCAAUACCAGUACCAAGGGGUUGCUUUGACACAAACAAGAUUACGUUUUUUCAGUGCAAAAUAAUGUGCAUAUGACAUUAAUCAGACAUUAUCAGUAGCAAAAGUGACAUGCCGGUUUAAAAAGAGCUUUAGAAGAUUCGAACAGGUUGCAGCCAUACCAUAUUUGAGUUUAGGUACAUAACCCAAAUGGUAAAUAUGAAAAAUAAAACUGUAUCCAUGUGUGCUGGGUUAAGUUAAGGAUGCUGUAAGUGACAUACAGAGCAUUAAAGUAACUGCAACUUGCACAGCAGUGUCUUAAAUAUGUACAUGAACAUUUGCUAAAAAACAAAACACAAGCUUGUCGGCAACUUCAGUAGCACAGCCAAACAUCAAGCAGGUGCAGCAACACAAGACAUAGCAAGCCAGCUAGUCCAACAUAGCAGAAAACAACUACUUGCUAUGUAAAGUUGCAGUAGACUGAUGGUCCUGUCCAGAGAAUGAAGUCACACUCAUUCUGUGUGUUUUGUAAUCCGAGCCUUUCUGUUCUUAGUUGUGGUAGCCUGUCUACCUUGGCAACACAUGCAUGUUAGUGCAUGUAAGUCACAUUGAGCUAUCCAGUACAUUAAAGAGUCCUGACCAGGUGUCAAUGUGUGAUAAAUUGGGAAUGAGAAUAAAUAAGCUGUGGAGCCAAUUAUGACUCAGACUCUGAACCACUGAUAUGCUCUGAAUAUUGUGUACAGAACCUUUAUAAUCGCAUUGAUUUGGUGCUGUAUUGACCCAAAUUGGGUCAGUUUUGACAUUUUUGUGCGUACAUGAAACGAUUGAUACAUUUUAGCUGGGGGGAUGAAGUUGGUGGAUUUCAUACCUGUUACAUUUCAGUUACUGGGCUGAUUUCCAUAAAAAGCUAAAUUUAUCUCUAGGUCAGAAAUUGUGGGCAACUUUCCAGAUUUUGUGACAAGAUGUCAAUUAGUCUGCAGUAGAACAACAGCAAGGGGUUCAGAACAUUGAUGGGAAGGGGUUGUGGGAUGGAGUAAGACAUUUAAAGAUAAAAGGAACAGUUUAUGGGAGAAAUACAGGAGUGUGGGAAGAAUUGGGAGGUCAAGGGGUUCGCAGAAAUGGUCACUCUGUAGCUGAUCAAUGCUUGUGACCACAUUGCCUUCAUCCUUUGAGGUAUACUGUCAGCAAAAUGACUGCGAUCAGUGUUAGUUAAAACACACACACACACACACACGCAAGCACACAGCAUAUAGAUUUUUAACAGACAACACAAGUUUCUGCUGACAAAACUCCUAAGAGGUGCAUAACAGGAUCUUAGCAUAGACAAACAAGCAACAGUGGCAUAUCUGGCAACUAAUCCCCUCAACUGUAACACAGGAUUGUGUUUGUGUGUGGGCUGAGAGGUCUCCUUUGGGUUUUUUUCUGUUGUGUGAAUGUGGGACAGCGUGUGUUUUCUCUUUCUCCCUAAAGAACCUGCUAUUUCUUUACUCAAUUGUUGCCUUAGUGCUGACUGCCAAGCAAAAUCCAACGAACACAGGGCAACAUAUACCCAACAUGCACAGUAUCACAGUUCUCUUUCAGCAUCUUUAGAACAAGAGUUUAGCUAAAUUCAAUUUUGUCUUGUUUUUGUCCUUAAGCACAUAAAAACCCUGAACAAAAUCAGCAUUUGUCGUCAUAAUAAAGCAUCGCAACUGAUACAAAAAUGACAGUUUCCUAUCUGCAGGCCAACAGACAAUUAACCACACUGAAGUACUACAGGUUAUAAACCUAUUUCCACUUUCAAAAAAUCUACAUGAGGCAAACAUGAACAUCUUGAGUAUUUAUGAACAUGCAUUGCUCCAUUUUCUUAAAGAAUAAAGUAUAUCUAUCUCUAUAAAUAUAUGUAAAUCUGUAAUUCAUUAUAUUAGAGUGUUUGAAAAAAGAUUAUGCUUUAUUUUAGGGCAUUAUGCUAGUUCUGUAUAAAAAAGAAAAGGUAAAAGAAAGAAGAUCUAUGUUCUGUCGAGUGUUAUUGUGAUACAGUAAGAUAUAUGGUGAGGUCAUCCAUGCCUCAUCCUUUAUGUUGCUUUCAGGGUCAGGAGAUGUUUUUAUUUUGGGAUAAUAAUAUUAACUAUAAAAAAUACACCAACAAAAAAUGUGACCAAAUUUAUCAAAGUAUAUAUGCACAUAUAUACUUUAUACCGUACAACCAUGUAGACGUAUAAAUGUGUGAUGUUCCUUUGUGAAAUCUGUUUAAAAAGCAAGGUUAGAUUUAAGAAAAAGGUUAUGUACAAAUGUAUGUUUUUGCUGUGUUUGAUUUUAACCAAUAAAAAUAAAGAAAACAAUGAUCAAGA